UUUCCAUUUGCUCUGGACUACUCAUGGGGCCCACGCGUUCGAGUCCGCGUUGAACGUGCAACCACAGACCUUGAAUUCCGAGGCACUCCUUUCAGCGAUAUGAGAUGAGAUGGGAUGGAGACUACGCUCGAGAUGAUGUCGUUCUUUGAAGAGCGGCCUCAUGGUGCUUUCAGAAGGCAAUAGACAUGCGUGCACGCUUGUCGAAGCAGACGUCUAUUGUCUUUUUGUCCUUUACGUCAGUCCAUCUGGAGUACUACUGCGACUAUGGAGCGUCCCUCCCCGCUACUCGAUUUCUCUCUCAUCCACGACGGACCAUCGCACCCGCUUCUACUGAAGAACGUCGCCAUCUCAAUGCAUCUGCUCAAUGCUCUCCGCCGACAGCGUUACCUCCAACUUCCGCCUCAUCUCACCAAAAAAACCCCGCAGGAGGCUCCUCCUCCUCGUCGUCGCAUGCUCUUGGGGGCCGCUGCGAGGCUGAAACUACCACCCCCGGGAUCAGUGAAAGCAUCCAUCAGCAACACCGUCCGUGGCUGGACAUCUCGUCUACGACCAACGCGUGUUUCUGAUGCACCGACUGCAAAUCAGACUCCCCGGACCCUCGAAUUGGAGAGGGGUUGGCUGGAAAGAGAUCGUGUUGUUGUUCACAGGAGGCUGAAUGAGGAGCUUGAUAGGCAGCGGGCGUUGAAGAGGAAACGAAGCUGCUGCGACGACGAUAAAGUUCCAGAAGAGCCGCACUCCUUCAAGAGGCGAUCGCCGGCCCUCUCCAUCGCGCAUUCACCGCCGACUCGGGCACUACCUGCUCCCCCCGUUUUCUCCGCCCACCACGACGUCGAUCUCCCUCUCACUUUGCUGGGCAGCGAACUGCGCAUUCCGCUUCUCACUGAUCAAUGCGCGGACGCUUUUGGCGUACUGCUACGCGCCACGCAUCCACCGGUCGGUAUUGUGAAUGCGCAGUCUGAUUCGCUCGAGGACGAGGACGAAGACCUUGGACAGUCAGAGUUGUUGACUUCACAAGAGUGGUCUGUAUCCGACCGGGAUCACCCAGUGCCGUUGAAGCUUAUGCUAGUCCGAUCCGCUUCUCCAUAUCAGCACCGCUGCAAACCAGAGCUUCAGCAGUCUCGUUCUUCGUCGCCUGACCCUCUCGGCUUCGAUACGUUCCGUGCCCCUUCUCCGAGUUCUCUUCUCGAUCAGUCUCGCUGUGAAGCGCAAUCUGUUAGCGAAGGAGAAUCCGACUGGACGGAGUAUAGCGAAUGCUCCUAUGCACCGUCGAUUUCAUCGCUCUCAGCAAAAUCUGUAUGAUUGCCCAAGUGGCUAUCUAUGACCACAGCUAGCGAAAGUGGCUUGCCUUGACCAAUCUCUAUGUAAUAUGUAAUAUUGAAAUAUUGAAUAUGCCAAUAAAUGAAGCGCUAUGCUGCUAGUACAUGACCUUCCGGUUCGCUCGAACGCCGCAUCAGAAUGCCUUCUUCAUCGUGGCCCAGAAGCUCUUGCCCUGUAUCCUGGCAAUCUCCUUCUCGAGGUCACUUGGCUGCCUGGAUCCAUCCGCUGAAGCGACCGUCCCAGCGCCCCAUGGCGAAGCCCCGUGCACUUCAGACAGAUUCGUCAGCUGCGGGAAGGCAGACGCGUAGCCAAGGGGGACGAAGAUAGAGCCGUGGUGGGUAAUCGUGCUGAGAGUCAAUGUCAGCCCCCUCUAGAGAGUAAGCAGUGACAUGACCGCCCACCUCAGCACGCUUGAAAUCGUCGAUUCCUGACCUCCACCAAGUCCAGCGGUCGAAGUGAAAGCGCCAGCGUACUUGCCGGCGAGUGCUCCAGAUCCCCAUAGUCCGCUAGUGGUAUCCCAGAAUGACUGAUCCCAAAUGAUCAAUGAGACAUCCCAACGUAGAGAGAGCGAGCCAACACACCCGCCACUGUGCCGGCUGCGUGCCGAAUCGUGUCGGGAUGCCCAUUAAGUAUCCAUCGAAUGUAGCUAGUUGCGCCGCCGUGAUGACAGGGUAGGCAGGCUUCUCGGCGGCGCCCAUCUUCGUAAGGACCUCGCCUGGUAGGGUUUCGGGUACUUGGAAGAGAGAAGCGGAGCCGCCGGCUUCCUCGAUGCCCUUCUUGACCUCUUCGGCGACUGCAGAUUGCACAGCGGGUCAGGCGCAACAGAGGGCGGAGGAUAGAGACACGCACGGGUGGCGAUGUGCCCGUAAGUAGAGUAUAUGACGAUGGCCACUUUGGGUCCUGGACUCUGGACAGCGGCGAUCUUGGUCUCCUCCUCCUUCUUUGGGGCGGCGGGCUUGGGAACCGCCGGAGGCGGCGCACUCUUCUUCGACGCCUUCUUCUUCGGCUUCGCAUCGUCUAUGUCGAAGUUAGCGCCCGUCUUUCUUGUCCCGAAGCACAUCGUGAAGUGGUGAAGAGGUUGAGAGGACGAAUGUGAGCCAAAAAUACAGCGAGGGCGGCCAUCCGCCCUGCUCAGUCUUUAUUGUCGGGACGCGCGAAAAUCCAGCCUAAUUUGGCUCGGAAAAACUUUCACGAAAGGCGGCAUGUCAGCAGUGUGACAGCCUCCUUGGUAAGAACUCGAGAGCUUGUUCAGCAAGGUCGUUGACAAAUGGGGAGCAGAAAUUGGGCGUGCAGCAGCGCUGAGCGACGAGAUGGAACUGGGAGAGAGACAACGUUAUCGAUAUCUUGUUUGAGCAUCACGUAGACUGAGCCAGCUGAGAUUUGG